AUGAUGACGUCUGUAUAUUGUAAACUUACCCCCUGUCAAGAUAUAAAAUGUAUAGUAUUAACGAAAGACCUCCAGCUAGGAGACCACAUUGAGUCCAUAUGGCAAUGUACUCGCAUAAACGUUAUUUAAAAACAAAAUGAGAAGUAUUAUUAUUAUCUGUUCACUGUUAUGAUAUUUACUAGACAAGUGUUAGUAUUAAUUUACUAAUGGACCUACAAACAUAUCGUGGAUGUGUUUGCUAAGGUUUGGACGAAGACAAUCAUAUCUAAAUCCAGCGAGAUUGCAAAUGGUACAUAUUUAUACUACAACUUCUAUUUUAUACAAUGAAACAUAUGUUUAAUGGCAAUAAAAUGCUGGACAACGUCGAUGAAGAUACUUCGUGCUCAUGCAAAUGGGAAAAUUGUGAUUUAUACAUGAACAAAACAGAACUAUCGAAGCAUGUAAUUAGUCACAUAGUUCCAGAAUCUCAAGGACUAUUUUACUGUAAAUGGGAAAAUUGUACGAGAGGAAACCGAGCUUUUAAUGCCAAGUACAAAAUAUUAGUUCACAUACGUACUCAUACAAAUGACCGGCCACAUCAAUGCUACAUUUGUGGAAAACGGUUCACUCGUGCAGAAAAUCUGAAGAUACACGCUCGGUCACAUACAGGCGAGAAACCGUAUGUUUGUUCAGUGAAUGGAUGCAACAAGGCGUAUUCUAAUACAAGUGAUCGCUUCAAGCACACCCGAACGCACUUCAUCGAAAAGCCGUACGCUUGUCGAAUGAAAAGCUGCCUGAAAAGGUAUACAGACCCAAGUUCGUUGAGAAAACAUGUUAAAAGUUUUAAUCAUCAAGUAAAAAUGAUAAGGGGUUACCUGUACAUUUUAUUUUUCGAGACAGAAUUUGUGCAACCCGAAAAAAUACACUGGACACUACUUCGUAUUUGGGACACAACUUGUUUGCAACCUUUUAAAUUUUCCCAUUUGGAUCACACACAUAAAUAAUAUGACAUUGGUUGUAGAACAACAGCCUCGUGAAAUAACAGUUCGCUCCACCACGAAUUGAAACCUACCAAAAUUCAUUAUAUUAACUGACCUAUACAUAUUUUGUUCAAAAUUAUGUGUCUAUCAAAUGUUAAUGUAUAUAU